CUGGUCCAGCUGCAGCAGCUUGAAGGCGCUCCUGGCUCUCCAUCCUUCUUCUUUGGCCAGACGAUAGUAGAUGUCGCGCUUGUCUUUGGAGGAGCGUCCCAUGCCGACCUGUGCCAAUCACAUUCGGGUGGCAGCGGCCCCCGGGAACCAGGAGAAGAAGAAGAGGCUGUGCAUGGAAGCCCGCUCUUGUUCAGACAGGUAUCGGAUCCUCAGAAAUCCCCUAAUCCUCUGUCUGCAGAAUCCUCCAGACCGAAACGGACUCAUCCGCCCGCCAUACGGUUGCACGCGGUCCGCGCAUGCACGGUUAGGAUGGACAACAGUCUCCAGAGGGUGAAGCUGUCCGUCCAUCCGUCCAGAGCGCUGGUGGAUGAGGAGUUUGUCAUCCUGGUCCAGAAUGUCCCUCCUGGUUCCCCCAUGACCCUCCACGCCCUCCACUGCUCUGAAGACGGACACAGGUGGGAAGCCUGCGGUCACUACAUUGCCGAUUCUUCUGGGAGCAUAAAUGCUGCCGACGACUGCAGCGUCGGAGGCUCAUAUCUCGGAGUGGAACCCAUGGGUCUACUCUGGAGCCUCAAGCCAGUUCCAGGAAGCAAACCGGGUCUCAGGAUGAGAAAGAAGGACGUUCAGACCCCCAUGGUGGUCGCCAUCUCAGUGUUCAACGGUCAUCACUCAGAGGCCUUCGUGGACCAGGUGUCUCUGGCCAGUUGGGUAGUGGAGCGCUGGUACAUGGCACCGGGUGUUCGCCGGAUCCCUGUCACAGAGCAGCAGCUGACGGGAACCCUCUUCUUACCACCAGGUCCUGGACCUUUCCCUGGACUGCUGGAUCUAUGGGGAGGAGGAGGACAGUUGGUGGAGUACCGAUCCGCUCUAUUGGCUUCCCAUGGGAUCGCCUCACUGGCCCUCGAUUAUUUGACCAAUGAAUUCACCACACAGACUGGGAAGAUGGUGGACAACCAGUAUUUUGAGACGGCUUACAGAGUUCUGCAGCAGCAUCCUCAGGUUCUGGGAAGCAGGAUCGCCAUGCUGGGUCUGUCCCUCGGAUCCGUUUUCACCUUGAAGAUGGCUGUCUACUCCCCAGUUGUAAAGCUCAGGUGUGCCGUAUGCAUCAGCGGCAGCCACAUUCAGCCGGUUAGCGGGGGCCCUCAGGAAAUGAUGGAUUUGUUCACCAGAAACAUAGAGAAGAUUAACUUCAGUGAGCAGAAUGAGGUGAUCUGGAGGAGCUUGUUACUGCCCGUCCCUUCUGACCCCUCCAUGAAAGCGGACGUGGGGCGUCUUCGGUGUCCACUCCUGCUGGUGGUGGGGGAGGACGAUCAGAACUGGUGUACACAGGAGUCUGCUGCAGACAUGGAGCAGAUGAUGGCGAGAGCCGGGAACGACCACCUGCUGACGAUUCUGUCCUAUCCAGAGACGGGUCACCUGAUCGAGCCGCCGUACACCCCCCACACCCCGUCCAGCAUGUACAGAGGAGCCGGGGUGGACCAGAAGAUGAUGGUUUUGUGGGGGGGGAAGACGCCAGAACAUUCCGCCGCUCAGGAGGACUCCUGGAGGAAGAUCCUGACAUUCCUGAAGAAAAAUCUCUACGGAGGCUCAGACCCUCAAGCAAUCCACCGGUCCCACCUGUAGGAGGAG